AUGGCAAAUGAAAAAGCCACGUGUAUUAAAUUGGUGGCUGAAGUAGAAAAAUAUCCACUCUUAUAUAACUACAAGUUACCGGAAUAUUCGAGGAACGACCUGACGGAAAAAGCGUGGACAGAAAUUAGCAAUGAAACAAAAUUGACUGUUGCUGAAUGCAAGGAAAAAUGGCGCAAUAUCAGGUCCACUUUCAUCAGAAGUACCAAACCACCUCCAAGCGGCUCAAAAACCAAAAAGCCUUAUUAUUUGGCUGAACAUUUAACGUUCAUUUUACCCUACGUUAAACCAGUUAAUAGAAUUCCUAAUCGUGGAAACAUACCACCAAAUCCAGUAGAAAACACGGUGCCAGAUACAGAACCGGCAGAUAAUACCGAGGCAGAACCUGAAGAACAAGUAACAGACGAGGGCCCUACUGAUUCAUCAGAUCAACACCAGUUAUCUGAUUCGCAAGUCCAAUCUACGGCUUCUUCUUCUUCUACACCUAUGCCCCGAGUUCGCCCCAAGGCAACAUCUGCAGCAGCAGUAGACGCUGCAAUGGUUAAGUUUUUAAAAAACAAAAUCGACAAGACUGACGAAAUUUUAUUAAACAAAACCGAAAAACAAAUGAACCAUUACUUCCUCAGUUUACUACCAGAGUUUGCCGAUAUGAAUGCCCAACAAAUCCGAUCUUUCAAAAUUAAAGUAUUACAACUUAUAGAUGACAUUAAGACCGCACCGAUAUCAGGACCUUCAAGAAACUCCACUGGUAGUUCUUCAAUGGACAAUUCUCUAUUUUCUCCAAUAUCAUCAGUUGGUACUCCAGCACCAGCUGCAUCUCCGCCAGUAAUGAACUACCAGUCUAACUCUUUGACAGGCUAUCAAAAUGCAGAUGAAGCCAUGAACUACCAGUCUCACUCUACACAAGGUUAUCAAAAUGCAGAUGAAGCCAUGAACUACCAGUCUCACUCUACGCCAGGUUACCAAAAUGAGGAUGAAGCCAUGAACUACCAGUCUCACUCUACGCCAGGUUACCAAAAUGAGGAUGAAGCUGUUAACUUUUCUGGAUUUUACAUCAGACAGAUGCAGAUGAAAGUGGGUACCCUGCAUAAUCCAAGGGCACGAUACCUCGGAGAAUAUCAAAUAGAAGAGGGAGAUCUACCCAACCUGAAGCCUACCGACAUCCUGAACUUUUUGAAAGCAAUAGGAAUGGAGGAACUGCUCUAA